AAAAAAUUGUUAAAAAAUAGUGCAAAAAGAAUUACUUUACUUAAAACCACACCAAAUUGUUGUAAAAAAUUAAAGCUAUUAAAAUAAAAUAUUUUUGUAAAAAAAAAUUGUGAUGUUAAGAAUUUUAUAAAUUUUGAAAAAAAAAAAAUCUUUGAAAUAAAUAAAAAGUGUUGUGCUAUUUUUAUUGUGUCUAAAACAAACCCCUGAAAACCCUAAAAAAAUAACAAAAAAAUUCCUUUUGCAAAUAAAAAAAUGUUUGAUCCCUUUGUGAAGAUAAAGAAAAAGCAAAAUAUUGUCAAUGAUCUAGAGUCUAUAGAAAUAGUGGAUGAUUUAAAUGAGAAUUCUGCGGAUUCGGAAAAUGAUUGCUGCUGUUUGACACCGCCACCCACAGCAGCCACCACUCCUACAUCGCCCAAAUCGCCUGCAAUAAUACAACAAACUUCAGCCGCAACUGCUAAGGCAGCAGUUCAAGCCAUUGCUAAUGAAUUAGCAGCUUCCACCAGCGCCAGUAGUACAACCGCCGCCUCAUCGUCAUUAAAUUUAAAUAAUUGCAGUCGUUUGCAACAAUUAAUAGCGGCACCGCCUAUUAUACAAACCACGCACCAUCAGCAGCAGCAGCAACAACAAUUGAAUACCCCACCUACACCACCGCCCUCAACACCACCAACACCUGCCUUACACAGAUCCGAUAUAUUGCAGCAACAUUUACAGAACAACAACUCCUCCUCCUCAUCCUCCUCUCAGAGCUCACCCAAUUCUAAGGCCAGUGGCCAGCAGCAACAACAACCCUCGGUAUUACAACAACAUUUGGGUCAUUUGCCCCUAACGCCAGCAGCGCCUACCGCAGAAAGACAAUCUUUACAAACUUUGGCCAGACAUUUAACAACGCCUUCCUCUCACUAUUCCUCACUUAGCCAGCAAUUGUCUUCAUCCUCCAGUUCUUCUACUGCUGCAGCUGGCUCCUUGUUGCAAGAAGUUUUCUCCACAAAUAAUUUACAAAAUGUAUUAAAAAGACAAAGUUCCUCAAUAAGUAACGCGAGUACAAAUUCAAAUUCUACUUCUUCUGCUUCUGCAUCUACUUCUUCGUCUACGUCUACUGCCUCGGCCUCCUCCUCCUCCCUUACAAAUUCGACUUUAAGAAGUUUGGUUUCAAAUCCCUCUUCGCUGAUAACAUCAAGUACAACUUUAAAUAGUAUUAUAGCAAAUCGUUUAAAUUCGCCACCUGCUUUAAUCACCAACUCGACGAAUUCCCAUACAAUAGCAGGAGCAUCUUCGUCGUCGUCCUCGUCAUUAUCAGCGGCCUCCUCUUCUGCGUCAUCAUCUUUGUAUCAUCAGCAACAUUCCGCUUUAACGAAUUCAAUAACACAUCGUAUACAUCAAUCGAUACGCCGACAUUUAAAUCAGCAACAAAAUCAAGCCUUGGCAACAAGUCAGCAACAACAAUCUGCCACACCACAACAACAACAGCAGCAGCAACACCAACAUCAUCACCAUCAUCAUCAGCAGCAACAGCAACAUAGGAUACAGCAGCAGCAGCAACAACUAAACUCUCAACAACAACCGCAUUAUCAUCAUCAACAUCAUCACAAUCACCCGCAGCAGCAACAUUCCUCCUCUUCUACGUCUUCUGCCUCAAACUCUAACGGAUCUUCGACUUCUUCAUCAUCAUCAUCUUCGUCGUCCUCCUCAAAUAAUAAUAAUAACAAUAAUAGUAAUUCAACAAAUUCACCUUUAUGUGUAGUAUUAUUGGUUAAAUGUCCAAAUUCUAAAGAAUAUUGUAAUGCUUUGCAACAGCAAAAUAAUCAAAAUCAAUUAAUAAAUCCCAAUCCUGCAUCGGUUACACUACAACAACAACAUAACCAACAACACCACCACCACCAUCAUCACCAACAACAACAACACCUACAUUGCUGUGAUAACAAAAGAUUGCCGGUGAAUGAAUGUCAGGCAAGUCAAACUGCUAGAGUGACAUCUAACCUUAACGCAUCCAGUAGUACAAUGGCGGUUAGUCGCGUACCUUCACCGCCUUUACCGGAAGUAAAUACACCAGUUGCUGAGAACUGGUGUUACACACAGGUGAAAGUGGUUAAAUUUAGUUAUAUGUGGACCAUAAAUAAUUUUAGUUUUUGUCGUGAGGAGAUGGGCGAAGUUUUAAAAUCCUCCACAUUCUCUGCCGGUGCUAAUGACAAAUUAAAAUGGUGUUUACGUGUUAAUCCAAAAGGUUUAGAUGAAGAAAGUAAAGAUUAUUUAUCCUUAUAUUUAUUAUUAGUUUCCUGCAAUAAAUCAGAAGUUAGAGCCAAAUUUAAAUUUUCCAUAUUAAAUGCUAAAAGAGAAGAAACCAAAGCCAUGGAAUCACAGAGAGCAUACCGUUUUGUACAAGGCAAGGAUUGGGGUUUCAAAAAGUUCAUUAGACGAGAUUUUCUAUUGGAUGAAGCCAACGGUCUACUGCCCGAGGACAAAUUGACAAUAUUCUGCGAAGUUAGUGUUGUGGCCGAUAGUGUUAAUAUUUCUGGUCAAUCAAAUAUUGUACAAUUUAAAGUGCCCGAAUGUAAAUUGAGCGAAGAUUUGGGCAAUCUCUUUGAUAAUGAGAAAUUUAGUGAUGUAACGUUAGCCGUAGGUGGCCGUGAAUUCCAAGCACAUAAAGCUAUAUUGGCAGCACGCAGCGAUGUCUUUGCUGCCAUGUUUGAGCAUGAGAUGGAAGAGCGUAAAUUGAAUCGUGUCGCCAUAACGGAUGUUGAUCAUGAAGUUUUAAAAGAAAUGUUACGUUUUAUUUAUACUGGCAAAGCGCCUAAUUUAGAUAAAAUGGCCGAUGAUCUCUUAGCAGCAGCUGAUAAGUACGCUUUGGAAAAGCUGAAAGUAAUGUGUGAGGAAGCGCUGUGCGUUAAUCUCUCCGUUGAAACAGCAGCUGAAACCUUAAUAUUAGCCGAUCUCCAUAGUGCGGAUCAAUUGAAAGCACAAACGAUAGAUUUUAUAAAUACUCAUGCCACCGAUGUUAUGGAAACUCAAGGUUGGCAAAACAUGAUCACAACACAUUCACAUUUAAUUGCUGAGGCAUUUCGAGCGCUUGCAACACAACAAAUCCCACCGAUCGGACCACCCAGGAAACGUGUAAAAAUGAGCUGAAAUUUUAGUAGUAGCAACACAAAUAAUAACAACAACAGCAACAACAAAUACAUAGAUAAUCAUCAUUAUAAUAAUAAUAAUAAUAAAAACAACAACAACAAUAAUUAUUAUUAUUAUAAAAAUAAAACAAACAACAACAAAAACUAUUCUUACUACUACAACUAUUAUUAUUAUAAUUAUUAUUACAAUUAUUACUAUUAUUACAAUAAUAACUACUAUAACAACAAAAACAAAUACAAUACAAACACAAAUAAUAGUAAUAAUAACAACUACUACUACAACAAAAACAACAUCAACAAUUUGAACCAGAUAAACCUAAUUAAUGAUUUAAUAAUAACCUUAAAAACCUUUAAUUUUAUUUUGAAAUUGUCUAAAAUCUUUAAAUAUUUUUAUGUUCAUUUCUUUACCCCUUUAAAGGACAACAAUAAUAAUAAUAAAUACAAUAGCAAAUAUAUAAUGGCCAACUUAAGCAACAUUUUCAUUGAUAUUUUAAAACAAAUUCCUUUAAAAUCUCUUAAGGACUUGAAAUUUUCAGCAAAAUGUUUAAAAAAUUCUUAAACAUUUUCUUUAACCACUUAUGUUGUUUUUUGCUUUAUAUCAAGAAAACAAAAAAAUGUUGCUUAAGCUUUAGAUUUCCAAAUACUGGACUAUCUUUUAAUUCCUUUGCUGCUUCUAUAUGUUAUACAAACAAACAAAAAAAAAUAAAAAGAAGAUGUUUUGCUUAUUUUCAACAACUUAUUUUCUAUAAUUUUAAGAAUCUUUUAUUGUUUAUUAUUUUAUAACUUAAGUUUUAAUUUUUAUUAUAAUUUUUUUCUUAAUUUAAUUUUUAUGAUUUUUUUUUUUUUGAUUUUGAGUUUGUAUAAAAUUUAAUAUUAUUAAUGAUAAUUUUUUUUAUUAAUUAAUUUAAUUAUCUAUUGGUUUAACCAACAUAUCUUUAAUUAAUAAUAUUUUAGAAUUUUAUUUACCACACACAACCCGCCAAUUAAGCGUAAAAUCAAAAUAUUACUUUCACUAUUUCAAAACUAAACAAAACAAAAAUUUUUUUUAAUUUUUUUCUCUUUAAAACUUGAAAUUUCAAAAAUGUGUUUUUGUAUUAGCAAAUUACUAAUAACUUUUCCAAGAACGUCUUAAAUAUUUUGUUAAUUUAUCAAUAAGUUUUAAUUUUAAACACAAUUUUAUUCAUUCAGUUCUAUUUUUUUUUCUUACACUUUAAAAUAAAUCUCUAGCUUGAUGUGUUUUCUUUUUAAUUAAACUUAAAUUAAAGUAAACUUUUUAAUUUUUUUUCCUGCUAUUAUACUUUUUAAUAAUUAUAAUUCUAAUUCUGUUUUUUUUAUUGUUUAAUUAAUAAGUAUUUUUUUUUGUAUAAUUGUCUUUAAAAUUUUAAGUAAAUUUAUCUACAUGAAA